CAUAAGCGCGUUGCGGCGCCGCGCCGCUGAAAUCGGCAGUGCGCUAUAGCGGUGCGGCGCCGCAACGCACGACGCGAAUUCCAGCGUUAUGACGUCAUACUUGUUGACAAGGAUGCAGUUUGUUUCUAACACUCUUGCAAACAACACGUGUCAACCGAGAAGCAGUUUUAAAAUUAAAAUGUCUGACGUUGACGUCGAUCUGUUUAUAUCUUCGGUUCAGGAACACCGUUGUUUGUGGGAUACUAGUGACGAAACCUAUAAAGACAAAUUUAUAAAACAAGAAGCAUGGAAAAGCAUUUGUGAGAUCGUUUAUGUUGAUUACAAGGAAAAAAACUCAACCGAAAAAUCAAAACUGGGUAAUGAUUUAGUCAAGAAGUGGAAGGCCAUAAAAGAUAAUUUUGCUAAAUAUCAAAAAAAACUAAAAGAUGCCAAUCGAUCAGGAGCUGGAGCUGCAAAAAUUAAAGAAUAUCACUUGAAUAAACAAUUACAGUUUUUGAAAAAGGUUUCACAAAAUGCAACUGAUUCCAGUUUAUGUGUAGCGGAAGGAGAUAUUGAGAAUGAAAUAACGGCAUUGCCUCGUUAUAAAAGUCAACCACGAAAACGAAAGGCAGAUGAUAAGGAUGAUAUUGAAGAAGAUUUAUUGGCAAUAUUAAAAACACCGGAGAAUAGACAUUUGCAUUUUUUCAAGGGGAUUUUACCAUCUCUACAAUCGUUAAAUGAGAAUCAAACAUUGAUAUUUCAAAGUCGGGUGCUUCAAAUAUUAACGGACAUUCUUCAACCUUCAAUUCAUCAAAAUACACAUCACGGCUAUAAUCAAGAAUAUCAGCAUCAGGGUUAUAAUCAAGGAUAUUCAACUAUGAGAUACGAUAAUACGGUUCAGAGUGGCUACCACACUUCUACUCCUGGAAGUUCGAUUACUGAACAGAGGACUCAUCAAACCAACAACAGAGUCCAGACCGAGCUUAAAGGCGUGCAAGCAGAGUACCGCAUAGGGCCUACGGCGCCGCCCUCUGAGCCCCCAACUAACAAAACAACAACAACAACUUCCAAGACGGUGCAGCCUCCAGCGCAGCCCAAAGGACCGUCCAAGCCCACCGUGGUUGCUGCCCCCGAAAGGGAGACGAAGGCGAAGCGAGUGGGAGUACCGCAGCCUGCAGCCCUUUGA